CCUCGAUGAUCAGAGCAGACUUCCUGCUCGUUGACGUCAACCGACGCGGAGAAAGCUAACGUGCGACGUUCGCUGGUUCGCUCUCGGAAACAGUUUGGUGGCCACGGUCGGAGCUCCCGGAUCGUGCUUUUUAUAUUGUGUUUGCAUACGACGCUUCGUGCCGUCUAUUCGCAAAUCGUACGCGUCAACGGCUGACGGGUCAUCUGGCGUGAAAAAACCAACUCGACUGCGAGGGUUUGUUAAUCCUCGUAUAAAGGACAUCGCCUGCUGAGUCCGGUGACGUUUCGACUCAGACACAUCAUCGUCAUGCCAACAUCGGGCAAUACUGCUCGGGUGUACGAACAUGACGUGCACCGAGCAUCCCAAACAAUAGCCGAUGGCGUCCCGACAGGGUUCAACAUGGACGAUGGCUCGCAGGUGGGAGCACCCAAAAAAUACUACAGGGCGCCGCAGCACCGAAUCUUUGUCAACCGAAGUCUGCACUUGGAAAAAAUUAAAUUUUUCGGUUUCGACAUGGACUACACGUUGGCCCAGUACAAAUCGCCGGACUAUGAGGCCUUUCAGUUCCACCUGCUGGUGGACCAGCUCGUUUCCAUCGGCUACCCAUCGGAACUAAGGCAGUUCCAGUACGAUCCAACCUUCCCCAUUAGAGGCCUUUGGUUUGACACACAGUACGGAAACCUGCUCAAAGUAGACCCCUAUGGAAAUAUACUGGUUUGCUGCCACGGAUUUCAAUUUCUAAAAACAGGUGAAAUUUACAAACUGUAUCCAAACAAGUUCAUCAAACUUGAUGAGUCCCGGGUGUUUGUGCUCAACACGCUGUUCAAUUUACCAGAGACGUACCUGCUGGCUUGCCUGGUGGACUUCUUUUGCACAUCAGCACUAUACAUACCUACGAAGACUGGCGUCAAAAUUGGAAACCUUUUCAUGUCAUUCAAGUCCAUCUUCCAAGACGUCAGAGGGGCUGUUGAUGCCAUUCAUACUUAUGGCCAACUGAAGACUGCGACCGUCAAUAACCUUGACAAGUAUCUCGAGAAAGAUGAAAGGCUUCCAUUGCUUCUUGAUAGGAUGCGGUCGCACAACAAGAAGCUAUUUCUGCUCACCAACAGCGACUAUGCAUACACGACUAAAAUUAUGCAGUACCUGUUCGACUUCCCCAACACUAAAAGUAGGAACUGGGAGUCGUACUUUGACUUCAUUGUAGUUGAUGCCCUGAAGCCCCUUUUCUUUGGCGAAGGCACCAUUCUCAGACAGGUGGAUACUAGCACAGGAGCACUGCGUAUAGGAACUCACAUCGGACCACUACAACCUGGCCAGGUUUAUUCAGGAGGAAGUUGCGACGUCUUCACCGAAUUUGUUGGUGCAAAGGGUAAAGACGUACUGUACAUUGGAGACCACAUCUAUGGUGACAUUCUUAAAUCGAAGAAGACCCGAGGUUGGCGCACAUUCCUCAUGAUUCCGGAGCUGGCCCGAGAACUCCGCGUGAGCAUCUCAAAGUGGACGCUUUUCGAAAAGCUCCAAGAGCUCGACAUAUGCUUGGGUGACAUUUAUAGGAACUUGGACAGCAGCUCAACCGAUGUUCCCGACAUCAGUACGUUACGUCAGUCCAUCAGGGAGACCUCGCACGAGCUCGACAUGUGCUACGGCAUCUUGGGCAGCCUGUUCCGCAGCGGCUCAAGGCAGACAUUCUUUGCGAACCAGAUUUGCCGAUACGCCGAUAUCUACGGUUACACAUUUGUGAACCUCAUGUACUACCCGUUCAGCUACAUGUUCCGGGCACCACCAAUGCUGAUGCCACACGAAUCGACCGUGGACCACGAACAGGAUCCAAACCUGCAGAUGAACGGAGACAACCCAGAGCCCGAAGCGAAGCCAGCCGCGGAACACGUGCGUCGCUUCUCAAAAAGCGAGCAGGUACAUCCGCCAUGCGUAGCGGCACAACAAAUAACGGUGCCCCCUGCUCGAUUCCCCGAGACCCCCAGUACAAUCACGCACCACCACGACACUGACGACGACGAUGAAGAGGCCGAGAAGCAAACAGAGGCCCAAAACUAGAGGCUUUGCCGUGCCAAGGUAUAACUUGCUACCUCCAAACUUCCCGAUGCUUGGACCACCUUGUUAAUAAAUAGAGUAAAAAGUCUCUUCUGCGUAAGCCGCCUCGGGAUUUUUGAGCGGCCCCUCCUCGUUUGUUUCUGCUCACUUUCCGCAUAGUCGCAAAGUGGCCUUAGGCGUGUGUUGUUUGCUCCCGAGGAAUGUGUUUCGGAGGGUUGGCAAGUAAGGGCUCUUUCGAAUGGUAACCAUCGGUCGCGCAAUAAUUAGUGUUGUUCCGGUGCAGAGUUACUUACUAAGCUUCUGUUUCUGCGGACGUAAUGUUAUUUACCCUCGCAAGUGCCAAACCACUGGAGAAAGUGGUGUCGCGUCACAAGAUUCGCAGUAAUUUUGAUGGCACCUCGGAAACACCGAAAAGCAUCCUUGCCAGCCCCCAACACAACAUCUCGGCCCAAUAUUGGACCGGUAUUGGUAAUGUCUGCGCAAUAUUGGCAAUGUCGGCCGAAUAUUGGGCCAAGAUGUUGUGCUGCUUGGGGUUUGUAGCAUGUACGGUGGACAGGAGCGUAAGGAACAGAGUCUAAUGUUGAUGGUUCUCUGACAUAAGCUUGUUCAGUAACUCUCACCGUGCUCAUCUUCUAUGUUACUGUCUCCAGUGUUGCGAGAUUCAAAACACUGGACAUGACACACAAAGCUCUUUUACCCAUCUCUAGUGAUUACGUUUUUAAUGCGGGCUAGCGUUUUAAAUCUCGUAACCUGCUGGCUUCUGGUCCACGUUUAUGUCUCUGGUGCACCCAGUGUGCGAUAGCUCUAAGAUGCUCAAUUCCACUAAUGUUUGCUCUUCUACUGCUCUGUUUGUGCAAGAGACUCAGUGCUAUCGUAUAUGUGACAAUGAAAAGACACACUUAUGUAGAUACGUAUAUCUAUAUAUAAGCGUACGAGCGUUUUUUUUUUUUUAAGAUAAUGCCUAACUUAACUGGCAGCUGCUGUGUGUGGAAACCUGCGUGUGCAGCACUUAUUGCUCUCUAAGAAUCUUUUGCUUGUGCGUUUUUUGGGAGUAAUGAGACUUUUGUGGUUGGGACUUUUGAGUUUGUAGUAUAUUGUAUUUGGAAGGCUAAAUAAAGAGUUUGAGCGUACUA